AUGAUCAAAUUGAAAAGUUAUAUUUUGAUUCGUAAUUAUCCUUCGUUUAUUCAGCUUAACCAUAAUUUGAGACAUCUUCCUGCGAUAUUAGUUUUUAAUUGUCAGUAUAUUUUGAAACUAGAUGUUGCCAGUUGUUUGGUAUCACAGUCAGAUGCAGUGUUUUAUCCUGAUUGUCUUCGAAAAAUGCAUUGGAUGGAGAAAGGAUGGAAGACACACAAAUGCUAUGCUUUCUAUGGUGCUAACGGAACAGCUUGUUCAUCAAGAAUAUAUCUCUCCGAAGUUGAAAGACAUUGUCCAGUCUUACCAUGGCGGGAUAUUGAACUUGAUGCUUCCUCCUUACCUGUGAACAAAAGAGCUUUGAUUCAGCGGGACUUGUCUAGACUUUUCGCUUUAAUGCUUGACAGUAAACAGAAUUAUCUUUUUAUACAAUCGCGAAUCUCUCGUUUAUGGACUGCAUGGUUGAACGCAUAUGAUACGAUGGUAAUCACAUGGCCAAAACUUGCUCAACCAAGAGAAAAAUUGAAUAUAAUAGUGCACAUGGGUUUUCUUAGUAAAGAAGCCAAUUUCAAAUUUGGAAAGUUAUCAUCAUUCGGUGGACCGCUUGGGGAACUUGUACAGUGGUCUGAUUUAAUCGCGGCACUUUAUAUUCUGGGUCACAAUCUUUUGAUCUCCACUGAAAUUAAUACUUUGGAACAAAAUAUUAAAAAAUUUGAUUAUAACUAUCCUUGUCCGCUUCAAAAUGAUAAAGCGAUUGGUCUCUUUUUCACAGACAUCGUUGGUCUCAUAUUUUUGCGCAGGAAAAUGUUUCAUUUUUUUAAUAGAAUCAAGUGUGUAUUGCGAAUUUUGGAUUCUUUUGGUACACAUGCAGAAUUCAAUUCUAAAAACUACUUUAAGGCCCACAAGAUUUCUCUUGGUGGUUCAGAAAGUAAUCCAUGGGGCAACCACCAUUUAAACUUACAGCAGUUCAUGACUAUGUUUCCUCAUACUGAUGAUAAUACGUUUCUUGGAUUCGUAGUAGAAAUAUAUCCUCUCAAAAAAGAAGUCAAAAGAGAAAACGCUACAUUGGUAUAUGGUAAAGAAAAAUAUAUGUGGAAAAGUAUGGAACAGCUUAUUGAAAUAGUGCAGAAUUUUACAGAAGUGCAUGCAACAGUUGCUGAUGGAGUUCCCAAUUUCACUAAACCUGUCAUAAAUCACGGAAUUUUAUCAGGUCCACAAGUACAGCAUUUAUUGCAAAAAGUUAAAAUAUUCUUAGGUCUUGGUUUUCCCUUUGAAGGUCCUGCCCCACUGGAGGCCAUUGCUAAUGGCGCAAUUUACAUCAAUCCUUCAUUCAAUCCUCCGAAAUCGCGAAAAACUUCUAAAUUUUUUGCAGAUAAGCCUACAUUACGUGAGCUAACCAGUCAAAAUCCUUAUGCGGAACUUUUUAUUGGCAAACCUUAUGUGCUAACUGUUGAUAUUCAAAAUUCCUCUCAAGUAGAAAAUGCAAUACAAGAAGCUUUACUUUCCAAACCUAAAGCGUUUAUUCCUUUUGAGUUCACGGUGUUGGGAAUGCUUCAAAGAGUCACUGUUUUAACUUCAAAACAAAAUUUUUGCUAUCCCAGUCGUUUCCCACCUUUUCAAGCUUUUCGGUUUGUUAAGGCAGCUUCGAUGCAGUCCUGUCAAAGUGCAUGUUAUGAGCAUAAUCUUCGUUGUGAACGUUCGUUUUUUCGCUUUGUGAAUACCCCGGAAUUUGUUAACAGUACUGGGAGAUGCGUGAAAUUGAAGGCUGUCUCUAACCCUGAUGCACCAUAUGCCUGCUCACAGCAACGAGAUCCUGAUCUGUACAGCUGUGCAACUGUUCCCACUGCUACAAACAUUCGACGAAUAUGUCCAUGUCGAGAUUUUCUACAUCACCAAUCAGCUCUUUGUUUGUCAUGCCUAUAA